UCGAAAGACUUUCUCUAUAGAUUUUUAUAUAAAACAAAAACCUUUCUCUUCGGAAUUUCCAUCAUCUAUACAUCGAGUAACUUACAUAAACUGAUCUAAUCAAAGCGGGAGCACCGAGCACCAAAUAUAUAUAGAGCAUGGCGGAGGAAUCGUACGUCGAUGAAGAGUGCGACUACUUAUUCAAGGCUGUGCUAAUAGGAGACUCCGCCGUCGGAAAAUCAAACCUCUUGUCGAGAUUCUCGAGAGAUGAGUUUCGGUUAGAUUCUAAACCAACCAUCGGAGUAGACUUUGCUUACAGGAACGUUCGCGUUGGUGAUAAGACCAUCAAAGCUCAGAUAUGGGACACCGCCGGCCAGGAAAGAUUUAGAGCAAUAACAAGUUCAUAUUACCGUGGAGCCUUAGGAGCUUUACUAAUCUACGAUAUCACAAGGAGAACCACUUUUGUAAACAUUAGUAAAUGGUUGUCGGAGCUCAGAGGCUUCUCUAGUCCCGACACAGUCAUUGUUCUCGUAGGUAACAAAUCCGAUCUCCGGCAGUCAAGAGAAGUUAAAGAAGAAGAGGGUAAGACAUUAGCCGAGUCGGAAGGUCUCUAUUUUCUCGAAACGUCGGCUUUAGAGAACCAAAACGUGGAGGAAGCGUUUCUAAGCAUGAUCGGACGGAUACAUGACGUUUUGAUUCAGAAGAUUGCAUUAGACAAUAGACCCAACGGUGACGGUGACGGUAACAGUACGGUCGUUCCCGCCGGUACAGAGAUUGUGAAUAUUCAUGAAGUUACCGCCACUCGACCCUUGAGUACUUCUUUCUCCAAUUGUUGCUACAAGUAAAUAAUUUGGUUUUGAAUUCAUGAGUGAUGUAAAAUUGAUAAUUGUUGAUUGUAAACGUAACUAUGAUCCAUAUUAAGGUAAACGUAACUAUGAUCCAAUUGUUGCUACAA